AAUCACGUGACAUGUAACAGGAAGUAAACAGACUUCCCGCGCAGUGAAACCGGUGCAGGGAACUCUUUUCACAUCAACGGUGGAAAGAUGGACGAGCUGUAUUUAGACAAUAUCGACGAAUAUGUCAACGACCACAACAAGAUCGUGACCUAUAAAUGGCUCAGUCUGACACUGGGAGUUCACGUCAACACAGCAAAACAAAUGCUCUUCCACUACCUGGAUCACAAGAGGAAGGAGAGUUCAGCUCAGCUCCACGCCACCUAUCUCGUGUCGGGGAAGUUCGUGGACAAAGGACAAGCAAGCCACAAGGUGUCCGUUGUCAGAGAGGACAAACUGGAAGACGUUAAAGCCAAGAUGAGCCUGAUCGUCAGUGUCCAUGUCUACAGUGUCCAGAAAGCUCUCCUGAAGGACAGCGGCCCCCUGUACAGUGUGGACUACGAUGCUGUGAAGGACAACUUCCAGAACUGCAGCAAAUACAGUGCGAUCAGCUGCAGCAGUGCACAGCCCCUGUCUCCUCUGGAGCAGACCAGAGAAAUACAACGUGCUCCCACUCCAGAGCCGGUGGCAAAACGACCUGCCCAGAACGGAGAGGCUGCUCCGGCUUCAAAAGCCUCCACCAAGCCGCCAAAGGGCAUCAUGGGAAUGUUUGCAAAUAAAACCACUUCCAAGAACCAGGACAAAGAGGUGAAGUCGGAAGAGAAAGAAGAGGCUCCUGCGGUUGUCGCCUCUAAAAGCAAACCAGCUGCUAAAGCAAAUCCAAUGUCAAACUUCUUCGGGAGUCAGACGGCAAAGAAACCAGACAAAGCUGUGAAGGAGGAAGAAGCAGCAGCUCAGUCGACCUGUGGGGCCGAGCUGCGACCUCAGAGUUCACAACCUGAAGAAAAACAAAAAGCUGCUUCACAGUCGCCACCGAAAGACGUGAAGAAAGACGUAAAGAAAGACGUGAAGAAAGACGUAAAGAAAGACCUGAAGAAAGACGCGAAGAAAGACGUAAAGAAAGACUCCAGGAGCAAAACCAAGCGAAUUGAGGAUUCUGACAGCGAGGAGGAAAAGAUGGAGAAGAAAAAGAGGCGAAGGAUCAAGAAACCUGAACCAGACAGCAGCGAUGAAGACGUCAUUCCAGAUUCUCCACAGCCGAUGGAAACCGAAGAAAUGUCGCCACCUCCUAAACCGGAGGUCGAGGCUGUUUCACAUUCACGUCCGAGUCUCCCUGGAACGAAAAUAAGGAAGAGGAGACGAGUCCUGAAAUCUCAAAUCUUCCUAGACGAUGAAGGGUGCAUGGUGACAGAGAAAGGCUACGAGAGCGAGUCGUACUCUGAGGCCGAAGACGACUUCCAGGCCGGAAAACAACCCGCGAAGAAUCCCGUCCCAGCAAAGCUCCCAGCUCCCAGCAGAGAGGACCAGAAGAAGAGUCAGAAGAAAGCAUCAGCGAACGCAAACAAAGGAUCGAAACAAGCCUCCAUUAUGGGAUUUUUCCAAAAGAAAUGAGAGGAGACGGAGUCAGAAACAACAAAGACACAACGAGCACAGACUCAGGAUCUCAACCGACUCUCGACUGAAACACAUCACGUGGACGUGUCCAGUUCAGGAUGACAAACGUUUAAGGAUUUUAAAUUGUGCCACGAUCAGUUUAAAAUGUGAAUAUGAGGCCGACUUAAUAAAUAUUGAUGGAAACUAAACACAUGUCCUGUCUCAGAAUAAACGACACAAUAAUUUAAAAUACAAGAAGUUCGGUUCAAGGAGAAAUUGAAUUUUGUCAAACUCCGUUCUGCAGACUGUUUGUUUAGUUCAGUAGAGUCUAGUUGUCUGUUGGUUUAAUGGCAGGAUUAUGUAAAAGCUACUGGGCAGAUUUCCAUGUAACCUGGUGGAAGGGUGUGAUAUGGGUCAAGAUGCAGAUCUGGAUCAGCGGCGGAUCUAGACAUGUGUUUUCACUUCCUCUCACUUCAGAUGAGACGUGUCUGUAACAUUUAAAUUGAUUUUUCUCAGAGAUCUUGUGGAUCUUAUCUGUAUCAGUUUGUUGAAUUUGGUGCAGAUCCAAAUAAAAAUCCAGAUCUACUGGUUUCAUAA